AUGGCCCUAUAUGGCACCUUCGAUGCACUGAUGUGUCGGGCAUUCUCAACCACCUUUAGGGGACCAACACGAGCGUGGUUCAGCCGGCUGUGCCAGUCCUCAAUCGUGUCCUUCGACCAGCUCACCAGGGAGUUUGAGCAGAACUUCCUCACUAGCAGAGGUCACCUCAGGCGCUAUCUCAAGAAACCCCGAGAAGCGACUCCACGCCCUAGGGGACCCAUCGAAAGACAGAUCGACAUCAACUUUGGAGGACCAGCAGCCGACGGCAACAGCUCAGCGGCGAGGAAGGCCUACGCUCGAAGCGCGGUCGAGAAACGUCUCUGGCCCGAGCUCGAGCCUGAAAUCACUUUCGGAGCCAAAGAAGUCGAGUGCUCCCAUCAUGAUAAUGCUUUGGUGAUCUCCAUUCGGAUCGCCAACACUCGAGUCAAAAGGGUGAUGGUCGACAUCAGGAGUUCCGCCGACGUCCUGUACCUCGAUGUCUUUAAGAAGCUCAGUUUGACCAAGGAGGACCUCACCCCUAUGGCAUCGACACUCACUGGAUUCACGGGGGAUUCCAUCUCCUCGCUCAGGACCGCCAUCCUCCCUGUCACCAUCGAGGAAGAUCUGAGAGCAUAG